ACAGAAAUACCAUAUUAGGGUUUAACUGCUAUUUCUUUGCCGUGAUGGCGAAAUUCAACGUGGUACAGAAGCGGCGGAGGGCCGCGAUAGCGGAUCGGAAGAGACAAGUGCACGGUGAACCAUCCACCGGAAAGCUCCGGCAAAAGCCCCAACCGCUCUCCAUCUCCGGCAAGCGAAAGCGCAAGCUCUUCAAGAAAUGGCGCCGGGAGCAAAAGGAGGGAGUGAAGGAGGGUUUAAUUACUAUGCAAGAUGUCGAGAUGGCUGUUGUUGAUGGUACAUUGCAAGAUGCCAAUAAACCUUCUGUUAAAUUCCCGAUGAAGAAGAGUUCAAAACUGAAAGUAAAGCAGUUGAAGAAGACAGGUAAAUGCUAGUUUACACCCUUCUAUGAAACUCCUGCUUGAAUUUUUAUAACCCAUGUUUAACG